AUGUUGCCUUCGCACUCUCUUUCAAAUUUCAAACACGACAGCUACACGGACGACUUCAUCCCACUACCAGGUCAGAAAAGACUCCCCAGUCCAUCCGACGCUUCCCACUUUUCAAGAUUUGUGUAUUGUCUCGUGUGUGUGUGUGUGUGUGUGUGUGUGUGUCUGCAGUGCCUACAUGGGUGCAGCCGCUGCGUUUCAUCGGUCUGCACGUCAUGAACACGCCAGCAUCGGUGUACGGCCUCUCGCCCCCUCCACACGGCGGGUCACCCGACGACUCACGCUACGGGCUGCAUGCCCUUUUUCCCUCGCGAUGGAGGUGUUCCCACCUGCGUGCCGCAUCGACCUGAAGGCAGAGACGGAUGAGGACGACUUCGACCCAUAGUCGUCGCUGACAGGGAAGA